AUGGAAAAGGACUUAAAUAGGUUGGUGAAUCUACCCAAACAAAAUGAGGAAGAAGAAGAAUCUCAGCUGAGAGAAGGCCUUGAAGAGCCUAAAGCUGAGCUUGAUGAAGAAGCUUUGACCAAAAAGCAAACUGAGGUGAAUGGUGAGCUUUCAGAUAGUGAGAAAAACUAUGAUCUCCUUCCAAAGGAGAGGCGUUUCAGAUGGAAGGCAAGUGGUUUAGCUGUUGAACGUUCAGUCAGGAGCGAAGAAGCUGAUGACAACGAUGGCGGAUGGUGGUCGGCGACAGAGGUGAUGGCUAGAAGAGCUGCGACAAAUGCGAAAGGUGAAGCUGCCAGAGGCACAACAGAGCAGAUGGGUUGGGAGAUGGCAGAGCUGAUUCCCGUCACCGCGUGGGUGCAGAUUCUUUGCGGUCUCGUAAUUGACAAACUGUUCAAAAGAACCUUCUACAGCGGCAACGUUUUGGACAUCGAAACCUCCGAUUCUAAUGCCAUUUUCUCGGUUGCAAAUAGCUUUGUGGAGGUAAGGCAUACGUCGGGCUCCGAAUUCUGGAUCCGGAUACGGGAUUUGUAUCAAUCAAUGGAGAUGGCAGCUGGGUUUGUGAAGGCCAGCAUGGGCACAGGUCAUAGCAUUAUCCUGACCCUGUGGAGGAAGAUAAAAAACAAGCUUCAGUUCUUGAAUCAUAUCUUGAACAAAGGGGAGUUGCCCUGUCAGAAGGAUAUUUCUUGUACAAACUCCAUUUAUUCAAGCAAUUUUCCACCCGAGGUUAAUACCUUUGAGCAGUGGACACUAUUGAAACCAGAACAAAAAAAUAUGCUGUCUGGCUGGCUUAAGGGUGCCUUUAGUGGUGGAGAAAAAGAGAUGCAGGAAUCUAUUAAUCAGCAACUCAAUUUCAUUCUCAGCACAGCUCCAAUCUGGGACAGGUUGGAAGUUAAAGGUAAUAAAUAUGUCCUAGGGGAAUUUCUCGAAUUUAAAGAGAAGCAAGAAGAUACACAGGUUUUGAGUUUUAUUAGAAAAUCUAAAGUGAGUUGUCUAGUCAUUCAAAAACGGCUCCUUCACGUCUCCAAGUUUUGUACUGUCCUCGUGAUUAUUGAAGUGAAGGCAUGUCAAUUUCCGAGUGGGAGGAAGUAACCGUGAGAUCGAGUGCUGAAGUUUUUUUAAUUUAAAAAGUGAAAAUUGGUCAUUUCAACAAACUUUUUGUGGGAAAUAGUCCAUAAUUUUUAACACCCCUAUGCUUUAAGGCUAUUACAAACCCCCCCUAAAAAUUUUUGUUCGGAAGUGCUACUUUUUUAAAUUCACAGGUGGUGGUUCCACUCCAUUAGUUGAUGUGUUUACUCAAGCAA